GGUUUGGUCUUUCGGCUCCAGUGGCUCGUAGGUUGUUAUAUUUAGUGGAAAGGCAUGUUACAGAAUAAAACCCCGAUCGGUGAGUUUCAGGGAGUACACGCCUGAAAUGCAAGACACUUCCAUGUAGUUAGAGCUGGCUUUACUAACCCAGUAAAUUAGGCUGUUACACAAUAUAAACUUUUUUUAUUAUUAUUAUUGCGGACCUUUAAUAAAACCACUGUAAAUAAAACGCCAUUAAUAGGAGUCGCCUGUAAAUCGAGUUUUCUGGUCGUACUACCGAAACGCGUUCUCUUGGCGUGACGCAAGUUUCCCAUCUGUCAUUUUCGCUCGAGCCCCCUUCCUUUUACUUUUAAACUGUCAUGUGGGGACAUUUGCACAGAGUCCUGCUCCGGUCAAAGUGUGUCCACAGGUCGGCUUUUCUCUCCAUCAGCGAUGCUGGCUCACAUUUUACACGCUGAGCCCCGGAACAACUGGAGGCAGGCAGCCCGACGUGCGCAUUUUGGCUUUUAGCAGAGGAACACAUGAUUUGGACAGAGAAGACUGACAGCCUUGCCUAGCACCAGGCCACUGAUCAGCCAUCUCCACCAGCAAAUUGACCCGCUCUUCAUCACCAGCCUCACAAGCAUUUUCAUAAAAAAAAACAAAAAAACAAAAAACCAUCAUCUAACUGUGACAUCAGUUGCAAGGGGAUGACCGAGCGCAUUCAUAACAUCAAUCUCCACAACUUCAGCAAUUCUGUACUUGAGACCCUCAAUGAGCAGCGAAACCGCGGGCACUUCUGUGACGUGACCGUUCGGAUCCAUGGAAGCAUGCUGCGAGCUCACCGGUGCGUGCUGGCCGCUGGAAGCCCGUUCUUUCAGGACAAGCUGCUCUUGGGCUACAGCGACAUCGAGAUCCCCUCUGUGGUCUCAGUGCAAUCCAUCCAGAAGCUGAUUGACUUUAUGUACAGUGGAAUUCUGCGGGUUUCUCAGUCAGAAGCGCUGCAGAUCCUCACCGCUGCCAGCAUUCUGCAGAUCAAGACCGUCAUCGAUGAGUGCACCCGCAUCGUGUCCCAGAAUGUGGGCCUGGCUGGUCCAGGGGGGUUCCCUGUGAUUCCAGGAGAUUCUGGCCAGGAGACACCCCGUGGCACACCAGAGUCUGGCACCUCCGGACCCAGCAGUGAUGCAGAGUCAGGCUAUAUGCAAGUAACAUCACAGCAAAGUGUAGAUCGUACAUACACAUCCCUGUACUCCUACCCCGGCCUGUUUCUGCAGAAUGGCACCCGAGAGCGGUCACUUUAUGUUAACCCCCUGUCAGCAAAUUAUGAUCCAAGCAAUCAGAAGGACCAGCAAUCUCAAGAUCCGCCCUGGAUAAACCGCAUCCAGGAACGGUCCCAGCAGGUGGAACGCUUCAUGUCCAACGCAGAGUCCACUCACUGCCGCAAGCAACCACGACCGGUACGCAUCCAAACAGGAGGGAUGCACAUAAAGCAGGAGGCCGAAGACGAGUUCACCUGCUACGACAUGGGGGACUGCCAAGAUGACACUGACCACAACGAGGGUGUGGAGGGCGAAUCCAAGGUUGAAAACUUUGACUCAGGGGUCAGCUCCUCCAUCAGCACAGAGACGGAUACCAUGGAGCAGCAGCCGUACCUGACAAGCUUCAGUCGAGACGCGGUUGGGGAAGGGCAGCAAGGCAUCGAAGGAGUUCCAGUGCAGAUAGAGGUCAGCGACUCGUCCCCAGAGCGGAUGCAAAAGACGGAGGACGGGGACACUUCCCACAGCACUAGUGACAGUAGCAUGAUGCAGCCUCUGCCAAACUCAGUCAAACUCAGUCCCAUGUCCCAGUACAUGCGCCAGAUAGAAUCACACACCAGCAACCUGAGGAUGCCGAUCACCGUGCCCAGCAAUUCCCAAGUGAUGGGCACCGCCGGAAGCACCUUCCUGCCCACACUCUUCCCCACGCAGCCGUCGAGAGACCACAAGCCUUUCCUUUACCUUCCUGGCCAGCAGCAGCCCCAGUUCGUGGCAGUGCCGCCGCCCGCAAUGCCAUCAUUCCCGAACCCCAUGUCGGUACAGCAGGCUCCAUCUCAGCAGCAGCAGGCUGCGGGAGGGAUCGGUCCGGGUGAAAAGAAGCCCUAUGAAUGCACUCUCUGCAGUAAGACCUUUACUGCCAAACAGAAUUACGUCAAACACAUGUUUGUCCAUACUGGUGAGAAGCCUCAUCAGUGCAGCAUCUGCUGGCGCUCGUUCUCCCUGAAGGAUUACUUAAUUAAACAUAUGGUGACACACACAGGGGUGCGCGCCUACCAGUGCAGCAUCUGCAACAAGCGUUUCACCCAGAAGAGCUCGCUGAACGUCCACAUGCGGCUGCACCGUGGAGAGAAGUCCUAUGAGUGCUACAUCUGCAAGAAGAAGUUCUCACACAAGACCCUGCUGGAGCGCCACAUGGCCCUGCACAGCAACGCCAGCGCCAUCACGGGGCUGUCUGUUAGUGUGGGCACCCCGGGCCCGGUCUCCAUCCCGAUGCCGAUAGCCGUUCCCGAGCCCGGAGCCGGAGUUGUGGCCCUCGCCAUGCCAGUGAGCGGCGGCGCCGGAGUAGGGGCCGGGGUUGGAACGGGAGUGGGUGUAGCUUCUGAAGCAAGCUGCCAAGAAGGGACCACCUACGUGUGCUCCGUCUGCCCUGCCAAGUUCGACCAAAUGGAGCUCUUCAAUGACCACAUGCGAAUGCAUGUCUCCGAUGGAUAAGUACAAAUAAAAAAAAAUAAAAAAGAAACUUAUUUCUGAAAGAAUGACAAAUACAAUGGCACUAGAUUUUCCUUUUCUUAUUUUGAGGUAUGAAGAGUAAUGAGUAUAGACACUGGCACAUUAAGUUUCCCCAAAAAAAAGUUUUCUUUUUUUUUUUUUCCUGUUAUUCUAAAAUUAAAAAAGAUGGUGGCCUUAAGGCUCAGUGGUUUGAUAUUGAUCUACUGGAUGGAUCCAAACUACGGGCCUCUAAAUGUAUGCUUUCCUAAAAUACUGAUUUAUGUGUUGAACACUACCGAAAGGCCUACGAAAGAAACACAUACACACAAACACACCUUUAGUCUAGAUAUGUCUGAAUGACUUUAAAUGAGCAAAUAUGUUUGAAUGUUUGUGAUUUUUGCAUAUAAGUCUGUCUUUAUUUGUCCAAGUGCGUGCGUGUCGGCGUGUGUGUGUGUAUGUGUAUUGCUAUGACACAUGAAUCAUGGCAGUUGUGAAUCCAUAUUGACCAGUUUGGAAACAUAGAUGUCCAAGCUUACUGUGGUAUAAUUUUAAACAACGAUAACAAUAAAAGACAAAAACUGAAGAAAAAAAAAACCUGGGGUUGGGCUACAUAUUCCCUCUAAAAAUACUGAUAGUCACAAGAUUGCCUUCUUAUAUCAAAUAAAAAAAGGAGAGUACUUAAUUUGACACUGGGUUUUAUUUAUUCCUGUUUUAUUAAGGGAUUAUAAUGCAGCUGUUGUCAAGGUACCAAUAAUUUAAUUAUUUUACUUAAUUGUAACCUCCCGUCCAAAGCGAUGGGGAAAUGAUUAUUUCUCACCUGUUUUAUGAUUAUUGUCCAUGAAUUUUGACGGUCAAGAUAACGUUUACUAAAUUUUUGUGUGCUGAUGAGACAGUAUUUGAGCAAAAAUAUGUUUCCUUUUAUUUUCCUGGAGUUUAGAGUUUAUCUCAUUUGCAUACACUGCCUUUUUAAUAUCCUAAGACUGUUAAGGCUACUCAGAUUUCUUCCACUGCAAAACAUACGAAAAAAUGGAAGAGUCUUCUGCUGAUGGUUGUGUGUGUGUUUUUUAGCCUUUUUCACAGUUAAGGCAGGCUGGAAUAUGGGACUAAACUCUCUCCUUCAUCAUUGCUGCUCCUCAACCUGCACCCGACUGUUAUGGGAUAUUAUAGAUUUAGAG